AUGAGGAUCUUCUACCUGGUCUUUGCAUUGCUGCUCUUGUGCCUGACACCUGUUCCAGGCAAUGCAGGGCUCAUAACCAGAGUGCAAAGGUAUUUUUGCAAAGUCAGGAACGGCCGCUGCGCGGCGCUGACGUGCCUCCCGAAGGAGGAACAGAUAGGCACCUGCUCUCUCCGUGGCCGGAAGUGCUGCCGCAGGAAGAAGUGA